CCAUUUUUUCAACUUUCUCAUUCCACCGGCGACUGAUAAUUUUCCCUGGUUCUUGCCAAUCUUCGAUUGUUGAGUUGAUAAAGCCAAUUUGUGGCUACAGUUCUUCCAAUUCGAUCCGAUUUAGCAGAAAUCGGUGGAUUCCGGCUUCACAAUCAGUGGAUUAGUGCAGCGAAUGAGGUGAAAACCGUCCAAUUACGUUUCCAUGGUACUCCGCGCCAUGGAUUCCACUCUGUGAUUUCAGGAAUAAGAUCUGGAGAGGAAGAGAGAGAGACGCCGCGGCUAAUAUCGUUUUAGCUAGGGUUCAUUUGAGCGACUUUUCGACAAUUGGUAAGCACAAUAUAAUUGUAUAUUCUUGUUUCGAUCUUAGAUAGAUAGAUAGUCUGUCUGUCUGUUGAUCAUCGUCUUGUUCAUCAAAAUGGAAGAAGUUUCUCUAGAUGAUAAUGAACAAAUCUCUGAGAUUCCAAAUGAAAUAGAUGGUGAACAAGAAGAAGACCUAAAUUACCAAAACGGUUUAACUGAAGAAACUAAGGAAUUUGUUGAACCAGCAGUAGGAAUGGAGUUUGAAACAUAUGAUGAUGCUUAUAACUAUUACAAUUGUUAUGCUAAAGAAGUUGGUUUCAAUGUGAGAGUGAAAAAUUCAUGGUUCAAACGCAACAGUAGAGAGAAAUAUGGGGCAGUACUCUGUUGUAGUAGCCAAGGGUUUAAGAGGAUUAAAGAUGUAAACCGUCUUAGAAAGGAGACAAGAACAGGUUGUCCUGCAAUGUUGAGGAUGAGAUUAAUGGACACAAAAAGGUGGAGAAUUCUUGAAGUUAACAUAGAACACAAUCAUCUACUAGGGUCUAAGAUACACAACUCAACGAAGAAGAUGAGCUCUGGAACUAAAAGAAAGCCCCGGUUGAGCCCAGAUGAAGAAGAUGGAUCGACGAUCAAGUUAUAUCGAGCUCUCGUGAUUGAUACCGGAGGUGGUGGUAAUGAGAAGAAUUCGAAUUCCAAUGCUGUAGAAAUCAAUCAUCAUCCUCCUGCUCAUCAUCAUCCUAAUCAGUUAAAUCUUAAAAAGGGUGAUGCUCAAGCUGUUUACAAUUAUCUCUGCCGUAUGCAAUUGACAAAUCCAAAUUUCUUUUACUUGAUGGAUCUAAAUGAGGAAGGGAAACUAAGGAAUGUAUUUUGGGCUGAUUCUAGGUCUAGGGCUGCAGGAAGUUACUUCUCCGACGCUAUCUAUUUCGACAACUCAUUCUUAUCUGGCAAAUACGAAACCCCUCUUGUGGCAUUCGUGGGUGUGAAUCACCAUGGACAAACAACCCUUCUUGGUUGUGGCCUACUCGGAGGCGAAACAAAGGAAUCCUACUCAUGGGUAAUGAAAUCAUGGCUUACUUCCAUGUCGGAAUGCUCUCCGAGAACGGUUAUAACCGACCGAUGCAAGUCCAUACAAACCGCGGUUUCCGAUGUUUUCCCCAAAGCCCGACAUUGUUUUGGGUUAUCACAUGUCAUGAGGAGGGUUCCGGAGAAGUUGGGAGGCCUCCGUCACUACGAUUCGAUUCGGAAACAAAUGUUCAAGGCAAUUUAUGAGACAAUGAAGCCCUUCGACUUUGAAACCGCGUGGGGAUUCAUGAUCCACCAAUUCGGAGUCAACGAUCACAAAUGGCUUCAAUCCAUCUACGACGAUCGCACGAAAUGGGUCCCGAUAUACCUAAAAGACGCGUUCUUCGCAGGAAUGGCUACGGCCAAGCCAUUGGAGAGCCUCAAUCCGUUUUUCGAGAAAUAUGUGCACAAACAAACUCCUCUUAAGGAGUUUCUAGACAAGUACGAGCUCGUCUUACAAAGGAAGCACAAAGAAGAAGUGACAGCGGAGAUGGAGUCUCGGAGCGCGACUCAGUCUCUUCGUACGAGAUGCUUGUUCGAGUCCCAGCUCUCCAAGGUUUACACAAACGAGAUCUUCAGACGGUUUCAGGUCGAAGUGGAAGAGAUGCAUUCUUGUUUCGGCACGACUCAACUACAUAUAGAAGGUCCCGUGAUCAUUUUCCUUGUGAAGGAGCGGGUUUUGGGAGAUGGGAACCGAAGGGAAGUAAGGGAUUACGAGGUCUUGUAUAAUCGAGGGGCAGCCGAAGUUUGUUGUAUUUGUAGUGGCUUUAGUUUCAAUGGCUAUCUUUGUCGGCAUGCCUUGUGUGUUUUGAACUUCAAUGGAGUGGAGGAGGUUCCUUCUAAGUAUGUUUUGCCUAGAUGGAAGAAGGAUUACAAGCGAGUUUAUAAAGCGGAGAAUUGUUCAAAGAACAUCGAUGGGACUGAACGAGUUGAAUGGUUCGAUCAAUUAUAUCGAAGCGCUUUGCAAGUUGUGGAGGAAGGGACGAUUUCGUUUGAGCAAUAUAAAGCGGGGUUGGAAGCUCUUGAAGAUUGUUUAACUAGAUUGCAUAAUGUGGAGAUUAUGAACAAAGAGAUAAAUAUGGUAUGAAUUUCUUUGGUCUACUCCAUUGUUGUUGGCACUUCAUGUUCUAGUGAUAGUUAGAACUAAGAAUAUGAAUUACAAUUUAUGUUUGGAAAAAUGUAUAAAAUUUACAAUUCUUAAAGAAAUUUAUUUCAUUUUUUA